AUGGGGCAGCGCCUGAACCGCUGCCUCGAUGUGCCCGGCGCGCUCCCGCCGCCGCCGCCGCUGCUGCCGCUGAGGCGGAGGCUGCUGCUGCUCUUCAUCAUGCUCUUCCUCUGGCUCUACAUGUUCUACUCGUGCGCCGGCUCCUGCGCCGCCCUGCCCGGGCUGGCGCCCCGCGGCUCCCCCGCGCCGCCCCGCGGCUCCCCCGCGCCGCUCCGCGCCGCCGCCCCGCGCCUGCCCGCGCUGCUGCUGCGCGCCCCUCCGGGGAGCCCGGCGGCCGCCGCCGCGCCCGAGCCGGCCGAGGAGAGCAGCCUGGAGGAGCAGCGGGCAGCGCCCGACGCCGCCAGCCCCAUCUCCAGCUUCUUCAACGGCUCCGGCACCAAGCGGCUGCCGCAGGCCAUCAUCAUCGGCGUGAAGAAGGGGGGGACGCGGGCGCUGCUGGAGUUCCUGCGGGUGCACCCCGACGUCCGCGCCGUGGGCGCCGAGCCCCACUUCUUCGACCGCAACUACGAGCGGGGCCUCGCCUGGUACAGGGACCUCAUGCCCAGGACCCUCGAGGGGCAGAUCACGAUGGAGAAGACUCCCAGCUACUUUGUCACCAAGGAAGCUCCAGCCCGCAUCUCCUCCAUGUCUAAGGGCACAAAGCUCAUCGUGGUCGUGCGGGACCCUGUGACCAGAGCUAUAUCGGACUACACCCAGACACUCUCCAAGAAGCCCGAUAUCCCCACCUUUGAGAGCCUGACCUUCAAAAACAGGACUACAGGCCUGAUUGACACCUCGUGGAGCGCUAUCCAGAUUGGCAUCUAUGCCAAGCACCUGGAGAACUGGCUCCUGCACUUCCCUAUCAGGCAGAUCCUCUUUGUCAGCGGGGAGAGGCUGAUCAGCGACCCUGCGGGGGAGCUGGGCAGGGUCCAGGACUUUCUGGGCCUCAAGAGGAUCAUCACGGACAAACACUUCUACUUCAACAAAACCAAGGGUUUCCCAUGCCUGAAGAAGGCGGAAGGCAGCAGCAAACCCCACUGCCUGGGGAAGACGAAAGGCAGGACCCACCCCGACAUAGAUCAAGAGGUGGUACAAAGACUGCGGGACUUCUACCGGCCUUUCAACAUGAAGUUCUACCAGAUGACGGGGCAGGACUUCGGCUGGGACUGAGGCUGGUGUGGGAAAGCCCUCUGUAAU